UGACAUCUGGGUUAGCAACCUGCCGCUGCUAUUUCUGUAUGAUGACUUUUACCCUGGUUACACGUCCCCGUCUCUGUGCUCAAUCUGACCCUCCCCCAGUCUUCACUUCCCCAUUUCUAUACUGCCCCGCACUCUGGUCUGCACAAAAAACUAGUGUGUGUGUGGGGGGGUGUGACCUCAUCAGACCACAACCACACACACACAAAGGUGGUUUGAAGAGAAGCAGCAUUAAACCGUCAGAGCUCUGAGAUGAAACAAACUUUGGUCUGCUUCAUCUUCCUCACAGCACUUCAGGAUGGAAACACUGGUUUGGUCAAAGCACAAACUCUCACCCACAGAGCAGAGGAAGGAGGAAACAUCACAGUUGAAUGCAGCUUUACUUGGUCUGGAAGCAGGAAACUGUUCUGUAAGGAAAAAUGUGAAAAUGGAAACACUCUUGUUGAAACAUCUGAUGAUGCAGCUCAGAACGGCAGAUACAGCAUUAAAUAUGAACAAACAUAUAUGACCUCAUAUCCUACUCUGUAUGUGAGCAUCACACAGCUGAAACAGUCUGACUCAGGACGGUACAGGUGCUCUUUGGACAUUGCUUGGUGGCGUGAUCCAAACGAUGAUUUUGAGCUGAUUGUCACAGAAGCUUCAACCACUUCAACACCAAACGGGACUCUGAGACCUUUUUCAGCUUCAGUGUUUCUCUCAUCAGCCUCCAAACCACCAACAACACAGAGUUUAAGCUCAACUUCAGGAAGCUCCACACCUUCAUCAGCCUCCUCUGGAAGUUCAGCAGAUGUGCUGAUUUAUGUGGGUCUGAUUCUGGUCGUUAUGAUCGUCGUCUUAUCAGCAGCUCUGCUGAUUUUCUACACAAAGAGGAAGACCACUAAACCCAGAGGACCUCCUGUGGAAACAGACACAGAGGUCAACAGGUUGUAUGAAGAGAUCAGAGAGUGUGACAUACCGAGCAGGUCACCUCCUGUAGAAGUGUCUUCAGUGUAUGAUUACCCCAAAGGUCCCCGUUCAGGUGGAGAUGAAAGCGGAGGCAUCUACAGCCUCGCCACCUCUGCUCAGAACAACGCAGAUAACCUCUGCUACGCUGAAGUGCAUUUUUCCCACAUUCCUGUCACCAGCAGCGCCCCCUGUGGUGAAGCAACUGAUGUUGUCAACUCAGUGCCUCAGGUGGACCUGAGUACUGCCAUCCACACCAGAGAUUCUUCACCUCCUCUGUACUCUACUGUUACCUCACUAUGAAUUACAGCAGUACUUUUUUUUAAACCAGUCCUGUCCAGCAGAAUAAUGGUCUGAAUGCUUUGUUGUGCCAAACAUAUUUGCUUUCCCAAGAGGAGCACCGUAGACUCUCUGUAGGCUCCUCUUUUUAUGUUUUUGUUUUAUUUAUUUAUUUAAUUUCAUUAUUCAUUUUUUUUCUAUCUGGAUAUUAUGUUGGAGCGGACAGGGGGUGAAGGUCAGACAGGUAAAAGACAGGAGAAGAAAUCAGAGGAACAGAAGAAGAAAAAGGAGAGAAAAGAAUAAGGGUGGGGGAAAAAUCGAGGAUGAAGGGCUAAGGUUAAGGUUGUUUUUAUUACAGCUGCUUAUAAUUUAGCUCAACAGAUACUUAAUAAAAACAUGUUGCUAUUAUGAUUCUGUAGCUUAGAUUCAGUGAAACUGUUGCAGAAAACAAAUUGCUUAGAAA